AUGUUCAAGGAUACUCCUACGGAGAUUGAGGGAUCAUUUUCCAACCUCAAAACCCUGUCGCAGGCUGAGGUACUUCACCGCCUGACAUUAGAUGCCGCCAGCCAGGGUCUUAUCCAGCAGGACCCCGCAACCGGCUCCUUCUCAAUCUCGGACUUUCUGGUUCCUGGCCUUCAGGCCAAGACCUGGGAGGACUGGCAGGUUGCUGACGAACUUAACCCAUUUGCUACUACGGUGGAUGCCCAGACUUAUUCAGCCAAUCUGGCUCCGAUGCCCUUUCAGUUCGGACUGGAUGGUGUAAUGGUUGGCGGCGCCACUUGGGACUCUGCCACCGCAGCUGUUGCAGGAGGUUUUCCCUCGGAUAUGGCAUACGACGAGUUUGUCUUUGACUUGUCGCCCUCGCACUUUUCGACCCCUGCGACCAUCAAUGUGGCUGAUCUCAUUGUCGGACCAGGCUCUGCGGCUUCCUCGACCGUCGUCUCGCCCUACGAUCUGCAGAUGCCCCUCUCCCACGACGCCUAUGAGGAUCUGGCCCUUGCGGACUUUUACGGCUUCACCGAGCAGGAUGACACUUGCAUCUUUGAUUCGGACAGCGGCUCGGACCUCAGCGACGUCGACUCCUUCUCUGACGACGACGGGGACGACGACGAGAAUGAGGACGAUGAUUACAAUAAAACCUACGAGGUGGCUACGACCAGCACCAAGAACAGCGAUCUGACUCCUGUUUCCGAGCAGGUCGUUGAACUGGAGGACGCCACCAGCACCUUGGCUCUCUCUGCUGCGAACGUCCCCGAAUUCGCUGCUCACCAGACACGAGUCGCAAAGGAGGACCCCAACAAGCGCCGCAUGGAGGAAGCCCUUGUCGCACGCAUCAACAACGACCUUGGCCCCGAGCACAUGUCUGGCCUCUUCAAGAUCCUGAGAGGUGGCGAUAUCGAGGAUGAGGACGAGGAUGAAGAACUGGAGGUUGAUCUGUCUCGUCUGGAUGAGACGACCCUUGUUCAGCUUUACCAGUAUGUCGAGACUUGCUGCAUGCAAACUCUGGGAUCGAUCCUUGCUGCCGAGAAGGAAGAACAGGCACGUCAAAAGAAGGAAGCUGCCGCUGCCGCUCUUGCGGCGGCCAAGAAGGCUCAACAGGAACAGGAACAGGAAGCCCUCAAGUACACCCAUACACUCGAUAUGAGAUCGACCCCAGAGCUCUCUCCCUCGCAUUCCUCCUCGUCCUCUUCUCCUUCGGUCUCGCCCUCGCCUCCUCACCAGUCUUCGUACUCUGCGAUCGAUUGUGGCUCGAGCAACAACAAGAAGCGUUCUGCGACCAACUCGACCUCGUGCACCUACAAGUACGAACGCAACGAUGUGGAGAAGCAGGCUGAGGCUCUCUGGAUGAACACCCAGCACAAAUCUAAGCGGAAACGCAUGACCAACAACAGCCCUGUCUGUAUGGGUGGAGGCGGUACCGGGAAGGGCAAGAGGAUAAAAAAGUCGAUGAUGAUGGAUCAAGAAGAACAGCAGCUCCAGCUCGAGCUUCAGCUUCAGCAGCAGCAAGAUGAGGAGAGUGACGAGAUUGGUGAGGACGAUGAGAUUGAUAUUGUUGGAUUCUAA